GAUCCCGGGUCCCGGGGCGGUGCCGGUGCCGCCAUGGCCGCGGGGCCGGUGCGGGGCCGGCGCGGGGCGCCCGGGCCGGGGCCAGCCGGGGAGCCGGAAUGCAAGCGGCUGUGCAGGCUGCUGGACACCAUUCCAGGGGAGCCUGGUGCCCAGCUCGUGGGCUGUGCCAUGGACCUGGAUUCCAGGCAGAAACUCCUCCCUGACUCUGCUCCCUGGGCUGCAAAGACAAAGCAGAAUUCCCUGAUUUUGGAAAAUCAUGGGAGCAAAGGCAUUUCCCAGCCCUGCCCGAGAUGUGUUGCUGGAGAAUCUGGCCACUUCAGUCACAUCCUGAGCUUCUAGAAACAGAGAGGGGCAGCUCUGAUUUCCUGCUGGGAUGCCCAGGAUGCAGCUGAUCCUGGGCUCUGCCCUGCCUGCCUCAGCACCCCCUGCCCUGCUGCCCCUCUGGGCACCAUGCCCUGCAACUCCACACCUGCCCAAAACGCUUCUGCUCCUCAGGUAGCUCUGGGUUUGUCCAGAAAGGACAAGGAAAGGCUGAUUCCAUGUUUAGGUAGCUCAGAAAUUGUUUUAAAAAGGACAAGAAAAGGCUGAUUUCAUGUUUAGCUCAGAAUUUGUUUUAAAAAGGACAAGAGAAGGCAGAUGUCAUGUUUAGCUCAGAAUUUGUCCAUAAAGGACAAGGAAAGGCAGAUUUCAUGUUUAGCUCAGAAUUUGUUUUAAAAAGGACAAGAAAAUUCAGAUUUCAUGUUUAGGUAGUUCAGAAAUUGUUUUAAAAGGACAAGGAAAGGCAGAUUUCAUGUUUGGGUAGCUCAGAAUUUGUCUUAAAAGGAUAAGGAAAGGCAGAUUUCAUGUUUUAGACUGGUUAAGUUGAGCUGGCCGUGGGCCCAGGCUUCACCUGGGACUGAGCCAGAGCUUGUGCUGAUUCCAAAGGUUUUCCCAACAGCCCUGACCCCCUUGGAAAAUGCUGCUUUGGAAAAUCCUCCUUGUGCAGGGCCACAGGCAGGAAUGGGAGGACACAAAUCUUCAUUUUUAAGUGGCUUUGCAGCUGUGAAGUCCAGGAAAAAAUCCUACUGAAGCUUACAUUUAAUUCCCAAAAAAAAUCUGUUUAAAAAGACUUGACCUUGUCACCCAACAGGCUUUUAUUGGCACAAAUCUGAGGACAGGUUAAUUAACCUCUGAAAGGUUAAUUUUGGGGGUUAUCAGGCUGCAAAAUCCACAGGCAAAGGUUUUUUGCAGUCCUUGAAUCCUUCCCAUGUUAUGUGUGGAGUUGGAGUCAGCCCUGAGUCGAGAUAUUCUCAUUAAAUCAAUGAAUAUCACAUAAUACUGAGUUUAAUUAAGUAAUACAUGAGGAGUUGAGUCUAAAAGCAGACCUGCACUUAAUUGGCAUUCAGAUUUUGGUUUAAAAAAAAAAAAGUUUCCUCCAAGCCAAUAAAAAUUUUAGUUGAAUUUAGAAUAAAUACUUUCAAGUUAGUAUUUACAUACUCAAUACCAAGAUCUGGGGGUCAGAAUUUGUGGGGAAUUCAUUUUUACAUCCCCCACCCUUGUCUUUUUAAAAAUCCUGGUCAUCAAAGCAGUAUUUUUUUAAAAAAGGUGGAUAAACAGCAGUUUGUGUGCUGCAAAAGCUGAAAUAUCUGAUUCAAUGUAAAGGGCUAAACGGGUUUAGUUCCUGCAGAAUCACUCAAAACCUCAAGUGUGACAGGUAAUGAUUAGGACUGGUCAAAAAUUGGUUAAAUAAAGUCAAAAUUUCAGGUGUUCAAAGAGGGGAAUACCAAAACUGGACUCGGAGUCUGUGAUGGAAGAGUUUUCUGCCAGAAUACAUCAGGCAAAAGUAUGGGAUCAAGUUUAAAACACAGGGAAUCUGUGGAUUAUCAAAGCAAAAAGUGGUUUUUCCUUAAAUAACUCCCAUUUUAUCAUGUUCAGGAGUGCACAGAUACCUGUGUCAACAUUUCCUCUGUUUGCUUUAAACUUGGAUCUGGUCUGGAUUGGGAUAAAACCAAGAGCCAGCUGGCUCCUUGCUGGUUUUCAUUCUGCUCCUGGUGGGGUUUGUGGCACAUCCUUUUAAAUCCUGCUUUUCCAGCACUGGUCUGAAAUGUGGUGAAUCCCAGGGCAGCUCUGGUGGCUGCAGCAGAAUUUUAAUGGGAUUUUUGGGAACUUUUUUUUUUUUUUACCAAAAUCUGAAUGCCAGUUUAGUGCAGGUCUGGUUUUAGGUUUAUUUCCUCAUGUGCUCCUUGAGUAAACUCAGUAUUUGUGUGCUGCUCAUUUAUUUAAUUUAUUUAAAUAAAUUUAACCCCUGUCAGUGGGCAGGGGGCAGGGGUUUCACUGCAUUUCAUCCAGGGGAUUCCUGAGCUCCACAGCUGGGCAAACCAGGAGCACCUGAUCCUGCUUUUGGGGUGAGCAGGGCCAUCCUUCCCCCGUCCCAAAUGCCACGUGCAGCCAGGCUGGCAGGGACAUUGGGACACUGGGAAUUCCCAGGUGUUUCCCACACUGGGAUGUUUCCCACACUGGGCUCUCUGUGUUGGGAAUUCUCCAGGAGCACAGAGGGGAAAGCUGAGCAAGUCAGUGCUGAUAUUUAAAUCAAUAAAUAAAAUAUAUUCUCCUCCUAAUGCCCCCUGUGCUGGGAGUGAGCCCCAAAAAGGGCACCGGGCAGUGCAAAGGAGCCUGCCCUCAUUUCCAGCUGUCCCAGUUCCCACUCCCUGCAGAAUUCCAGCCUGCUUUGGGCUGGAAAGGGCCAUCCAGCUCCUCCCCCUGUCCCAGUGCUCCCAGCCCCAUCCAGCCUGGCCUUGGGCACUGCCCCAGCUGCUCUGUGCCCCCUGUGCCAGGGCUGCCCAGCCUGGCUGCAGAAAUGCACAUUUCAGCUCCAUUCUGGGGAACUGUCCUCACCCCUGGAGCUGCUCCCUGGCCCUGCAGAAAUGCACAUUUCAGCUCCAUUCUGGGGAACUGUCCUCACCCCUGGAGCUGCUCCCUGGCCCUGCAGAAAUGCACAUUUCAGCUCCAUUCUGGGGGAACUGUCCUCACCCCUGGAGCUGCUCCCUGGCUCUGCAGAAAUGCACAUUUCAGCUCCAUUCUGGGGAGCCCCUGGAGCUGCUCCCUGGCCCUGCAGAAAUGCACAUUUCAGCUCCAUUCUGGGGAACUGUCCUCACCCCUGGAGCUGCUCCCUGGCCCUGCAGAAAUGCACAUUUCAGCUCCAUUCUGGGGAGCCCCUGGAGCUGCUCCCUGCGGGUCACACGCAGGUGUUCCCAUGGCAAGGCAGCUGCUGCCCUGCCUCCUCCUAAACUCUGAAUAAAAUCACCUUUAACUCCUCUCAGACCCCCCAUUAUCCUGAAUUUUCCCCACAUUGGAAGGCAGAAGCUCCUGGAUCAAUUCCAAAGUGAACUUUUCCUCUCAGAUGAGAUUCCUUGCUCCAUGUUUUCCAAGAGGGCAAGGAGUGCUUUUUUAAAUCAGUCAGGCUGGAAGCAAAUUGGACUUUAAUUGUCUGCUCCACUGAAGGCUUUUAAUGGUGAUACUUUUUAAAAUAGAUGUGUUUGUAAUUUAUUUUGGGAUUUUCUAGGAUCGUAAAGCUGGCACAGGCUGGGGCAGUGAAUAUUCCUUUAAAGCAGAUUUGUGUCAAAUCUGCAGUGGAACCACAGAGUUAUUUUUGUAUGCCUUGUAAACUCUGAAUUUUUGUUUUCUUGAUGAAAAAAAAAGUAAACUUUGUAUUUCCUACUGCUGUGGUUUGUACACAGAAUAACCAGAGUGAUGCUUUAUUUACCUGUAUAUAGAGAGAAAGGCCCCUGGCCUGUUUUUAAUUCAGGUUUAAAGGAUCUAAUUCUUAUUUUUAACUUUGUAUUUUUUAAAUUGUUCCUUAUAAAAGCAGAAGCAUUAAACACCACUUUGGCUACAGCA